CUUUCCAAACGCCUAUCAAUCUUUUAGCUGGCCAAUCACAGAGUGAAUGCAAACAUGUCCCGCCCCCCCGCGCGCUACUUCCUGAGCCACCACUCGUAAAUUGAAAGAUGAGGAGAUGCUGCGCCGUUGUUGAUUGUUGAAUGUCAUUAAAACAGUUAGCUCCAUCUUUUGACACUUCUUCCACCCCCGUCCUUGCACGCUACACCACUACAACAAAGAUGACGGGGAGAAGACGCUGCCGAAGGAACAUUAUUUGGAUGAAGAAGGCAGCACUCCUUCAAAGGAAACGCAGUGUUUUUCCUGUUGCACGGAAUGCGAGUGAAAUCAGAAUUAAGUGUUCCCACUGGCCGUUUUAACAAGUGAACCAUUGCCGCCGUUGAACAAAGUGACUUCGCCGACUGCCAAAGCAAAGAAGUGGAUCUGUCAUUUGGAAUAAAAACAAUGAGCCUGGUGCAGCUGCUGAAAUGCCACUUUCUGAGCCACCUGAUCCUCUGCUACGUGUUCCUGGUCAGCGGUCUCAUUGUGAACCUGCUCCAGCUAUGCACCCUACCUCUUUGGCCGCUCAGCAAACAGCUGGCUCGCAAGGUCAACUGCAGGCUGGCCUACUGCAUCUACAGUCAGAUGGUCGCUGCAUUGGAGUGGUGGUCCGGCACUGAAUGCACGCUCUACACAGAUCCAAAGAGUUUCUCUCUGUACGGGAAGGAAAAUGCAAUUGUGGUUCUCAACCACAGUUUUGAGAUAGACUUCCUGUGCGGCUGGACUUUCUGCGAGAGAUUUGGUGUUCUUGGGAGUUCUAAAGUUCUUGCCAAAAAGGAGUUGGCUUAUGUUCCGAUUAUUGGUUGGAUGUGGUAUUUCAUGGAGAUCGUUUUCUGCAAGAGGAAGUGGGAAGAUGACAGAAAGACGGUGGCACAGAGCCUUCAGAACUUGAGGGAUUACCCCGAAAAAUACUGGUUUUUGCUUUACUGUGAAGGAACACGCUUCACACCAAAGAAACACCAAAACAGCAUGCAGGUGGCGGAGAGCAAAGGUUUGCCCAAACUGAAGUACCAUCUUCUACCAAGAACCAAAGGCUUCUGGAUCACUGUUCAAAACCUCAGAGGAACUGUCGCGGCUGUGUACGACUCCACGCUUAACUUCAGAAACAAUGAAACUCCAACUCUGCGGGACAUACUUAGCGGGAAGAAAUACCAUGCAGACUUAUAUGUGAGGAGAAUCCCACUGGAACUGAUCCCAGAAGAUGAAUCGGAAUGUGCUGAUUGGCUACACAAACUCUACCAGGAAAAGGACAGUUUUCAAGAGCUCUACAUGCAGACAGGGUUGUACCCAGGUCCCACAGUGAGCCCUCCACGUCGUCCCUGGUCAUUGAUCAACUGGUUGUUCUGGUCCUGCCUGCUUCUGUACCCACUGGGUCUGCUCCUUGUCCAGCUCUUUGCCUCAGGAUCGGUUACGACUAUCUUGGCCUCAGUGGCUCUCUGCACCGCAGCUUCGGUGGGAGUUCGUUGGAUGAUCGGCCAGACUGAGAUCAACAGAGCUUCGCACUACGGUGAAAGCAAGGCGAUGCAUCAAAACAACAACUAAAGAAGCCACUCGUGCUUGGAAGAUGCAUCUUAGCGCAGAGACCGCAGAAGUUCCCGGCUUUGUGACUGCACUGCUGCUGCUGCCGUUGCAACAUGCGGCGACCUGCCCGAAUUCACAAUGCAGACAGUGUGCGCUCAAGAAUAAAGUGGACCAUAUAUUUAGAAGAUGGCUUUAAAUAGCUCUGCUUAAAUAUUCAAUUUACAAAAAACACAUUCUAUGCAGCUGACCAUUUCUGUGUCUAUACUUCUAUUUUAUUGGUUCAUAACGGUGAUUGUGUCUCUUAAACAUAAUUAAAAUAUGUACUUUUGACAAAGUCAUACGUGUUACGCACCGCAACUUGGUAUUGAAUUCCACCAUUUUCUGUAACAAAGCUACUUUAAAAGGCUUUCUUUGUCAUCCAUUCUUAUGUGCAAUACAAAGUAUACCAGCAAGCUUAAUUAAUAAA